CGUGUUGGCAACUACUGUGCUCCCUUUCAUCCCCUUGUGUUUAUAAUAUUGUCAAAUUUUUUUUUUUUUCUCCUCUUUUUUUUUACGUAAAUUUUAUUCAUUCUAUUAGUUAUUUUCAUAGAUAUAAUAUAUACAUUAUAGUAUUUUUUUUUUCAACGUUUUAUUUAUUUUUUUUUUUUUCGAAAUUUUUUUUUUCAAAAAUCACGUGUAGUGGGGUUACUUAAAUAAAAAAAAAAAAAAAAACAAUAAUAAAUAAGAAAUGUGGAAGAGUAAAAUGUAUAAGAUGAAUUUUUAAAAAACUAAAUUUAUAAAUAAAUAAAAAAUAUUAUAAAUAAUAGCUAAAUAAGAUGAAAAAAAUUUUCAAAAAAUGUUUUUGUUUUUUCAUUAAUUAUUUAAAUAAAUAAUUUAAAAAUGUGAUUAUAUAAAUUUAGAAUAAAUUAUUAUUUUUGAUUUUUAAUAUUUAGUGUAAAUUUAGAAAAUUAAAAAUAAAUAAAUUGUCUAUAUGUUUAUUUUGGCGUUGAUUUUUGAAAGGGAAUAAACGUGCAAUAUAUUUAACAAGAUAUAAUGAAGCAUUCGAAAAAAUAACAUAGUUAAUAUUAAUUUUGUUUUGCGUAUUUUGAACCAUCGGUUUUUCAGUGCAACACGUGCAACGCGUUAUUUUUGUGUGUCGAUUUAGUACAGAGAUGAAGACAGACAAAAAAGUUGAAAUAAACUAUGUGAAAAAAGCCAAAUGAAAUACAAAAAAAUAAUUUUUUUAAUUUAAAUUAUAAGUGGUAAAAAAAAUAUAAAUAUUUAAAAAUUAUUCAAAAGAAAAUUACAAACUAAGUUGCAUUUACUAAAACGUCAAGCUAAAUAAUAAUUAAAAAGAAAAAAAAAUAUAUAUAAAAUUUAAUUAAUAAAGUGUAAAAAAAAUAAAAAAUAUCCAAAAUAUUUUGAAGUUAAAAAACUAAAUAUUUUAUAAAUAAUAAAAUUAAUAAGUUGAAAAAAAUGUUGGGAAUAAUUAUAAAUAAUAGAUCUUUAAUUUUUUGAAAUUAAAAAUUGAAUUUAAUUCUUUUUUGUAUAUUUAUCUUGUGGAAUGAUACAUACUGCAGAUAAUAAAAAAAAUUAACAACGUCAACGUUUAAGUGACUGACAGAUUGUCAGCAUGACGGAACAUUUUGCGUCAACGAUGCACAACUAGUCCGUCAACGUAGUGAUUAGAAUGGCAAAUAACCCUUGGCCUCUUCAAAGUCGACGCGUAGAUCCAACAUUUGACCAGUUUUGAUUAAUCACAAGACAUGAGUUUUAAAAGAAGAGAGAGCAGGAUCAGCUGACACUCGAGUGCGAUAAUGACGUCGGAGCCAUUGUCGGCUGAUGGCAGUCCGACGUUACUUCAUCGUCCUCUACUCACCCCACAUUUCGUCUUACGCUCAUCAAGUCUUGAGCAUGACUCAGACUCCCACAACAACACCGGAAAACACGCAACUGGCGUAACAACAUACUACGCGACUACCUCUGUACGAUUUCAUACCCUCGACAUGAUGGAUCAUGAAUCACUCAGGUACAUCGGUGACAGUGUUGACGAGGCUACUCCUGCCGGAGGCGGAGGAAGACGAGGAGGAAGAGGAGGUGGUGGACGCUUGACAGCGCCCAGAAUGUCAUUAUUGGGACGACCGAUAAACUACAGGGCGACUAGAAGAGACGCCCGUUAUCGUAGACUACAAACAAACUUCUAUAAUUUUCUUGAACGACCUAGGGGCAUAUAUGCUGUUACCUACCAUAUGAUUGUUUUUUGUAUGGUUUUCACUUGUCUGGUAUUAUCAGUAUUCAGUACCAUUGACGAAUACGAAAAAGAAGCUGGUCUUUUACUUUAUUACAUGGAGCUUGUUGUCGUCAUAUGGUUCGGAAUGGAAUUUUGUUUCAGAUUAUGGUCAUCAGGAUGUCGGUCAAGAUAUCAAACACCAAUUGGUCGUUUAAAAUUUCUCCGUCGUCCAUUUUGUAUAAUAGAUAUGAUAACAAUUAUGGCAAGUAUUGUUGUGCUUGCAAUGCGAAGCAGCGGUCAAGUAUUUGCAGCAAGUGCAUUACGAGGCUUAAGAUUUUUUCAAAUAUUACGAAUGGUUCGUAUGGAUCGUCGUGGUGGUACUUGGAAACUUCUUGGAAGUGUUGUUUAUGCUCAUCGUCAGGAACUUAUUACAACACUUUACAUUGGUUUUCUUGGAUUAAUAUUUGCAAGUUUUCUUGUAUAUCUUGCUGAACGUGAUGAUGAACAUUUUAAUAAUUAUGCAAAGGCACUUUGGUGGGGUGUUAUUACAUUGUGUACUGUUGGAUAUGGUGAUGCUGUGCCAAAAACAUGGCAAGGAAAAAUCAUUGCUUCCUUUUGUGCAUUAUUAGGAAUUUCAUUCUUCGCUUUACCAGCUGGAAUACUUGGUUCGGGUUUUGCAUUAAAAGUUCAACAACAACAACGUCAAAAACAUAUGAUUAGAAGACGUCAACCAGCAGCGACAUUAAUUCAAUCAGUUUGGCGUUGUUAUGCUGCUGAUGAGCACAGUAUGAGCAUUGCAACAUGGAAAAUUCAUCAAGUACCUCUCUCCAGUCCACCAAGUCGCUUGUCUUCCAGUUUCAAGCACAAUGCUUCAUUCGUCAGUCGUCUGCCAACGAUACGACGUAACAAAAGCACGUCAUUGCACAGUCCAGGUGGGCACAAAUUGUCGCAUCAUAAUUAUCAACGUACCACUACUCCGCGAGUUUUUACAGACCUUAUCUCAUCGGCUGAGAAUCUGGGUCUAUUAAUGUCAACAGGAGUUGGUAAUCAUAAUCAUGGAUUGAUAAAUGAUGCAAAUGAAAUACAAAAUAAAAAUUUAAACACAAGUUAUUCGGAGGAUUCUGUGGCUGAAACUGCAUUGUCCAAAAAAAAUUCAGAUGACGAAGAAGAAGAACCAUCCAGAUGCAUUCAUUUGACUAAAAAACAUAAAACGGCAAUUCGAGCAAUACGAAAGAUCAAAUUCUUGGUGGCAAGACGAAAAUUCAAAGAGGCACUGAAGCCAUAUGACGUUAAAGAUGUCAUCGAGCAAUAUUCCGCAGGCCAUGUCGACCUCAUCAGCCGCGUCAAAAAUAUUCAAAAUAGAUUAGAUCAAAUACUGGGAAGACAAGGUUCAAAAUCACGUGAUGUUUAUGUAUCAAAAAGUAGUCUUGCAUCGAGGAUAGUUAAAACUGAGAGACAGGUUGAUGAUAUUGAAUCAAAAUUGGAUCAACUUAUUGAACUUUACAUGGAAGAUCGUAAAAGAUUGUUAUCAUUACCAAUGGUUGUUAAUGAACCAUGUAGUAGAAUACCAAAUUAUAAAAAAAAUGAUAAUACUGUGCUUAAACCAAUAUUAGUUGAUAAACAAUUAUCAGAACCAAGCUCACCAACGUUAAAGACAAAACGUGAUAUUGGUAAAUCAAUAAAACCAAGACAAAUACAUCGUGGAUAUUCUGAUCUUGGUACCAGAGUUAAAAAAAGAGUCACGUUAAGCUCAAUGGUAUCACAUUUGGUGCAAGUUAAUGAACCAACAACAACAAUGAAAUCAAUACCUUCUUAUUCAUCUACUUCAUUGUCAAAUAUUGAUGAUGGUGUUGUUAUAAUUGUACCAACAUUACCGGAAAAUAAAAUUGCACCAAGUACUUAUCUACGUCCUGGCUCAACUUAUAAUGGUGACUUUGAUAAAUCCACUGUGACAGUAGAGUGUGACCUAGAUGAUACAGUUGUAGACACUGAAUACAAUGCUGAUAAUGAUAAUGAUUUAUCAAGUGAAAAAGCAGCAUUACUUGGUGAAAAUGAUACAACGCUGAGCAUCCUGCCAAGUUCCAUCGAUCCCGGAGGCAGUUUGGAUCAACAAUAAUUAAUAUAAUAAUGAAUAAUUUAAGUACGCGCUUAAAUAAAAAAUUAUCCUUUCAACGAAAUUAUAAUUAAGUAAAUUGAUUAACUUAUAAAAAAAUAAAACCAAAUGGUAUUAAAUAGAAAAAAAUGAAAUUUUAAAAAUAUUAUAUAUAAAAUGACUAUUUAUUUAAUAAUACAUUAAUUAAAUAUUAUAUCUUAAAAAAAAAAUUAAUAGAAAAAAUUAUUUAAAAAAAAAAGUAGAUACAUAGGUAAUAAAAAAAAAAAAACAAUUGGCCUCUUUGCAUUUUAAAAUUAAAACAGCACAAUAGAAAAAAUAAAAAAAUAUUUAUCUUGUUUCGUCGUUUUGAUUAGUUGAAAUAAUGAAAAUUAUUUUUCAUUUAAAAAUAAAAAAAACUCUAAAGACUUUGAUAAAUGCCGAAUUUAUUUAGAAUUGAUAAAAUAUUUCUCUAAUAUUGUUAAAAAAAAAUGACCAUGCGUUUUUUUUUUUUUUAAAUUCAAUGGAAUAAAACAACGUACUAUUAGUAUUAUUAAAUAAAAAAAGAAAUUUUAAAUUCAAAAUUAAAUUUAGAUAAUUUAGAUUGAAAAAAAAAAAAAA